AAACGAAAUCAAAUCACUAUUAACAGAAGAAUGCUUAAACAGCUAAACAGUAUAUUAGCUUCACCUGCUAUUCAAUUUUCUGUCACUCAUUGUCACUAACAAAUGGAUAUAGCUAUCUUCUCUCCAUCAUCCCUCUUCUCUGAAGAUGACAUUCCUACUCGCGAGGAAGAUGCAGACUCUCAAGAAAGCUAUGUUGAGAGGAAGCACCAGUUUCCUGGGAUGGAGUUGGUUAUUCGAGAAUUUUCCUUUCAUCAACUGAAUGCUAAUUUACUCUGGCCAGGGACAUUUGCAUUUGCAGAAUGGUUAGUUCAGCACAGGUCAUGCAUUGAAGGACGGCGUGCCAUUGAGUUGGGGAGUGGCACAGGUGCUUUGGCCAUAUUUCUUCGAAAAUCUUACAAUCUUGAUAUUACAACUUCAGACUAUGAUGACCAAGAAAUAGAGAAGAACAUAGCUCACAACUGCAGGGCAAAUGAAAUACCUAUCGUUCCUCACAUAAAACACACCUGGGGAGACAAGUUUCCAAAUUCUGACCCUGACUGGGACCUGAUCAUUGCAAGUGAUAUCCUAUUAUAUGUGAAACAGUAUGCAAAUUUGAUUCAGACCAUUUCCUUUCUUCUCAAUUGUUACAAGCCGCAAGAGAGAAGAGCAGUUUCUCCAACUGGAAAUGAUGAGAAUGAUGGAGAUGUAGUGUUGCCGCGGCCAGCCUUUUUAAUGAGCUGGAGACGCAGAAUCGGGAAGGAAGAUGAAUUGCUUUUCUUCAAUGGUUGUGAGAAAGCUGGUCUAAAAGUGAAGCAUAUUGGAUCCCGUGUAUAUUGCAUCAAUUCCAUAGAGAAUGAGAUAUCAGAAACAAAAGGUUGAUUAAUGAAAUUAGUAUUCAAGCAUGCAUGGGAGGAGAAAGAAGUGUAAACUAGAAGGUUGGUCCAUUAAUAGAGUUUCUUCUGGUCAUAGUUAUAGCUUCUAUAGAGUAAUUUGCAGCUCCUGGAUCCUACUUGAUAACACGCAUACCUACUAUAAAACUUUUCAUCAAUUUGAGCCGAGAGCAACUGUGCUACAAUUUCUGACUUGUUUUUAUUUUCUUAUUAGUUGUUACAUCACUGAAAUUCAUUUCUUGAUUUUGGUUGUCACCAUAAAGAUCAUGUUUUAUUUUCUUUAGUUGUUACAUCACUGAAAUUUAAAUCUUGGUUUUGCUUGUCACUGUCAAGAUCAUGUGACCUUA